AUGCUGUUAGGAUAUAUUAAAUAUGUUUGUGGAAUGUUUAGCAUUGCUAGUUAUCGUAUUGAGCAAGCAAUGAUGAGCAAUAUGCUGAGAAAUUCUACCUUCAGAAAAAAUAUUAUGAUAAGUAAGAAAAUAAGUAAUGCCUCUGAUAACAUUUGUUUUUUUAGAUUUUGCGACUCUUUAGUAUCCACCUUUAAAGGAAUGUUCUUUCUUUUAAUCUUUACUGCAGUAUCUUGUUUGAGUCUCAGUCUUUAUGGAGUUGUAUCGCAUGUAGAUAAUAUCCCAGAACUUUGGCUACACUUUACAGGUGUAAUAGCACUUUUUAUAUCCAUGUUCCUAGCACACUAUGCGGCACAAGACAUCAUCGAUCAUAAUGACAACGUAUUUAUAACUGUGUAUAAUGUCAAUUGGUAUAUGGCUCCCUUACAUAUACAGAAAAUGAUACUGUUCCUGCUGCAAAGAGGCACUAAAACUUUCAAUAUGACUAUCGGUGGCUUGUUUAUAGGAUCUUUGGAAAGCGCUGCCACGAUGGCAAGCGCCUCGGUAUCUUAUUUCACUGUCCUAUAUUCUAUGCGCCAGUGAUAUAGAAAUAUAUCAUCUAAUAGUGGAAAAAUAUUAGUGAAAAAAUUA